AUGUUGUUCAAGAUCCUAGCGGCCACAGCGGCCCUAACAAGCACAGCUAUAGCCCACCCAUACCCACCAUCCUGCAACACCUCUACCCCGCAACCCUGGGGCUUCUUCACAAACAACACCAUCUACCAAACCACGGGCAACGAAUCAAUCACCUACCCCCGCUACACCGAACUCCAAGAUGGAACCAUCAUAGCCACCGCCUCCCUCUCCGGCCACAACCCAAACUACUUCCCUAUCUUCGAGUCGAAAGAUGGCGGCGCAUCCUGGGAACAUAUCUCUGACCUACACGACACGGUCAACGGAUGGGGUUUCAGCGCCCAGCCCGCGUUGACCGAAUUAACGGAGCCAAUGGGUGGCUACGAAGCCGGAACCAUCCUAGGUGGAGGAAACAGCUGGAGCAACAACGGAACGCGCAUCGACCUCUACGCCAGCACGGAUGGAGCGCGAACCUGGGAGUUUGUAAGCCACGUCGCUGAGGGCGGACGCCCGAAUACUACGAAUGGUGCAGACCCUAUAUGGGAACCUUACUUUCUCCAAUACAAAGGCGAACUAAUAGCCUACUACUCGGACCAACGCGACCCCCUGCACGGCCAAAAGCUCGCCCACCAAACCAGCACCGACCUCCGCACCUGGGGCCCCGUCGUAAACGACGUUGUCUACGACGAGUACCUCGCGCGCCCUGGCAUGACAGUCGUAGCCUACAUCCCGCCGCUCGACCAAUGGAUCCUCGUCCAUGAACUGCCCAUCGGAAACUCCAGCUCGUAUGGGCAAAACUACCCCGUUUACUAUGUCAUGGCUGAUGAGCCCACAAACUUCCGCAAUUCAGUGGGCAGACCGAUUGUUGUUAAUAAUGCGACGGUGCCGAAUGCGAGUCCGUAUGUGGUUUGGUCUCCGCUGGGCGGACCCAACGGUACGAUCAUUGUGAGUGAUGCGGAUAGGCGACAGGUGUAUACGAAUUCCGCGGGUGGCGCGAUUGAUAAGUGGGAGGAACAUAUGACGCCUGCUGGUGCGGUGUAUAGUAGGGCGAUUCAGAUUUUCGCCAAGAGACCGAAUCAUCUACUGGUUUAUGGAGGCGAGACGUAUGAUGGGAGGGCGGAGGGGUUGCAUACGCCGUUUUCGGCGACGGUGGUGAGGUUGGAUGAGGUGCUCAAGGCACCGGCUACGGAGGAGUAG